AAUAAAAAUAAAAAAUAGGACUCUUUCCUCUCUUCCUUUUUCUCUUUGCCCCAAUUGAAAAAGAUUAGGAAAAAAAAGAAAACAGCAAACCCUAAUCCCUCUCUCUCACUCUCCCUCUCCCUCGUUCAUUCAUAAAUUCGAUAAACACAUCCAAAAACCCUAACUAAUUACCAUUCUUUCUCUCAAUUGAUACCCAAGCUCUCAAGCAUUUUCACUACCAUUAAACAUAUAUAUGCACAUAUAGAAUUACCUUCCAUCUUCUUAUUUGUAUAACAGAAUAAUCUUUUCCGUGUAUAAAAAGUAGUAGGGAGAAAUUGAAAGUUAUUUUAAUUUUGAAGAGAAGAAAGAAAGCGAAUGGAGGGAAUACCACACCCGGUACCUCGAACCGUUGAGGAAGUUUUUACCGACUUCAAAGGCAGACGCGCUGGCUUAAUCAGGGCUCUCACCACUGAUGUUGAGAAGUUCUACCAGCAGUGCGAUCCUGAAAAGGAAAACCUGUGUCUAUAUGGACUUCCAAAUGAAACGUGGGAAGUUAACCUGCCUGUGGAGGAGGUGCCUCCUGAGCUUCCUGAGCCCGCAUUGGGUAUCAAUUUUGCUAGGGAUGGGAUGCAGGACAAGGACUGGUUAUCACUUGUUGCAGUUCACAGUGAUUCUUGGUUGCUUGCUGUAGCAUUUUAUUUUGGUGCACGCUUUGGGUUUGGUAAGAAUGAAAGGAAGAAGCUUUUCCAAAUGAUAAAUGAUCUCCCAACAAUAUUUGAAGUUGUGUCAGGAAAUACAAAACAAGUUAAGGACCAAUCUGCAAUGCAUAACAACAGUAGCAAAAGCAAAUCAAGUGGGAAAGUGCAAUCUCGGCAAUCUGAAUCUCAAACCAAAGCAGCGAAGAUGUCGACACCACCAAAGGAAGAAGAUGAAAGCGGGGAAGAGGAGGAUGAAGAUGAUGAACAGGGUGCUACUUGUGGGGCAUGCGGUGAAAGUUAUGGUACUGAUGAAUUCUGGAUUUGCUGCGAUGUAUGUGAGAGAUGGUUCCAUGGCAAAUGUGUGAAGAUUACACCUGCAAAGGCUGAGCAUAUUAAGCAGUACAAGUGUCCAGGUUGCAGUGGCAAGCGGGCUAGGGUCUGAAGUUAGAUGCUGAAGCUGAAGGCAGGACAAUCAUUAAACAAAGCAGACAAGGUUUUAGAACUUCCAACUUUUCAGUUUCUAAAAAGUAAAACAGAACCAGUUGCUCAUUCUACUCAAUGAAUUUGAAUGAUUGCUGAUUGGAUUAAGUUUCGGUACAUCUGGUUCAUGUUAUGUCAAAUUUUCUUGGGAAUUGUGUUUUUAAAUAGUUGGUGGUAACUAUAUAGAUAUUUUUAUUGCAUUUGUUCGUGCAGUUUUCUUGUUCUGACCUGGAGUCUGUGGCUUAUCUUAUAAUCUGCUUAUGGCCAUGUGUUCAGUUGAUCUA